CCAAAUGAAGUCUGGUUCGGCCCUAAACUUAGUUUCGAGGACUCCAGCGCUCUGCCUCGUUAAGUAGUGGGCAGGGUGCCCCUAGUUGCUCUGGAAAUGCUUUUUCCGUACAGCAACAUGGCCGCGCCCGGUUGCUCUUAGGAAAGGAAAUUGUUUUUCCUUUGCCGCGAAAGGAAAGGACCACUGUUUAGCUGGGUUCUGUUUUCAUGAUGCAAGUCGGGGAAGGCGGCGCCCACUCUUCUGACAAGGGAAGUGGCGAGGACACUCACGUUUUAAGGAUUCAGUGACUGCCUGACUUGGAGGAUGUGGACCUAGUGGUUAGAGCCAAGGACCAAGCAGGAGGUUGUGUGGAGGGUCCAGGAAAAUGGGAGGAUCCAGUUGGGAUUCUAGGAAUAUGAUCAGGAAGAGAAUGUCUGUGGUGCAUCAGCUGUCAGCUGGAUGGUUACUGGAUCAUCUUUCUUUCAUUAACAAGAUAAACUAUCAACUUCACCAGCAACUUGAGCCCUGUUGCAGUAAAAAUGAGCCCACUUCUUCUAUACAGUCUGAUUCUCUUCAAACGGAUUCUGUGUCCUCUUUUGGAGCCUCUGCUACAUUUACUGCUUUUGACUCUACCUUUAAGGCAGAUAAUGACGAUGGAGGAAAUUGUGAAAUGUUCAUACAAAAAUAUGUUUUUCGAUCUGAACUAUUUGAUGUCACCAAACCUUACAUAACUCCAGCUAUACACAAAGAAGGCGAACAAAGGAAUGAAAAGGAAGAUCUAAUGAAUGGUGUUACAAAAGAAAACUUCAUUUCUAUUAUUGGGAAGAAGCGUAAAAGAUGUAUUGUAUUCAAUCAAGGUGAACUAGAUGCUAUGGAAUACCAUACAGAGAUCAGGGGGCUGAUUUUGGAUGGUUCUUCACAGUUAAUCCAAGAAGGUCUCAAAAGUGGCUUUCUUCGUCCCCUUUCUGAAAAACAGGACAAGUGUAUUGAGCCCAUUACUUUACCACUUGAUACUUGUAAACUGUCAGAAUUAUGUGAAAUGGCAAAGCAUUUGUCUUCUCUGAAUGAAAUGGAACUUCAGACGUUGCAAUUGAUGGAAGAUGAGUCUGUUACGGAACAGGAUUUAUUUUCACGGGUUGUUGAAAACAACUCUAGCUUCACAAAAAUGAUUACUUUAAUGGGACAGAAAUACCUGCUACCACCAAAAAGCAGUUUUCUUUUGUCUGACAUUUCUUGUAUGCACCCACUUGUGAACUGCAGGAAAACAUAUGAUGUAAUUGUGAUAGAUCCACCAUGGCAGAACAAAUCAGUUAAAAGAAGUAAUAGGUAUAGUUACUUAUCACCUCUGCAAAUAAAGCAAAUACCUAUCUCUAAACUGGCUGCUCCAAACUGUCUUGUUAUUACUUGGGUGACUAAUAGACAGAAGCACCUACGUUUUAUAAAGGAAGAGCUUUAUCCUUCUUGGUCUGUGGACGUAGUUGCUGAAUGGCACUGGGUAAAAAAGGAGAAAUCUUCACUCUGGAUAAAGGAUAUCCAAAGAAUAAGAAUUUUCCAGAGAUGCUGUCUCUCAUGUGCCCUAGAGAUCACCAAUUCAGGAGAGUUUGUGUUCCCAUUGGAUUCUCCACACAAAAAGCCUUAUGAAGGUCUUAUACUGGGGAGAGUUCAAGAAAAAGCUGCUUUCCCAAUAAGGAAUACAGAUGUAAAAGUGCUCCCCAUUCCAGAUCACAAGUUAAUUGUCAGUGUGCCGUGUACUCUUCACUCACACAAGCCAUCUCUUGCUGAGGUUCUUAAAGACUAUAUCAAGCCAGAUGGGGAAUGUUUGGAAUUAUUUGCUCGAAAUUUACAGCCAGGUUGGACUAGUUGGGGCAAUGAAGUUCUCAAAUUUCAACACAUGGAUUAUUUUAUUUCUGUGGAUUCUAGAAGCUGACUACAGUCUUAAAGCUGUGAUUUUUCUUCACCUCGUCUUCCUUUGUUCUAAUUGAUUUUUCCUUUUAUUACCAGCCAGUAUGCUUAGAAAUGUAAACAGGACUUGGUUUUUCAGCAAAAUGAACAGAAGUGACUAGUCUUCAUAUAAUUUUGAGAUAAUUUUACUUUAGUUGUUCUAGUAUUCCACAUUAUUUUAGACUUAAUACAAAUAAAGAGGUAAGCAGUUAGAAAGAUGGCAAUACUUGGUCACUGAAAAAGUUCAGAAAGCAUGCACUGUGGACCAGAGGUCAUAAUUCUGCCUAUGGGACGUGUUGUUUGGCCCAUACAGUGUUGUAAAAAAAAAUUUGAACCAUCGUUCUAAAAAAUCAGGAAAUUUCUCCUAAACGUCCUUAUUUCUCCUUCUCUUUAAAAAUCAGAAGCUCUGGCUGCAUUGCAGCCUGUGUUCUUCCCUGGCAUCAACCCACAGGACCCAGGGAUCGCAGCUCACUUGGGGCCAUGUGCUCAAUUUGCCACAGUACCACUUGUCUGUGCCACUCAUUUAGAUUGCCUACAACCCAGAUUUACAACCUAUGGUUUGCUGUUACAUUCUGGAAAAAGUAUUCAAAGACCUGACAAGUACUGUGUCCUUUUGUACUGAGUGUACGAAACAUUUUUGGAGGAUUUUAAGUUGCGUUCAAGGUGACUUUCAAGUACUUCUUAGUUUUGCUUGUUUAAAAGAAGAACAUUGAACAAAUGUUUCUUAUAAAAAUGUCAGAAGUAAACACUGCUUAUAAUUGUGAGAACAGUAUUAUUUGCAGAUUUUCUACAAAUUGUUUAUGUAAAAAAUUUUAAUGAAAUUUUUUUUGAGAAACAUGUUGAUUUAUUAUGUAUAAUCCUUUUAAAAAUUUUAAGGUACCAUUAUCACAUAAUGAAACUCUAGUUUUCAAUAUAGAGUUCAGUGAGUUUUGAAAACAUAUAUUCAAUUGUCGAUCCACCACCAUAAUUUUGAUACAGAGCAUUUAUUUCACUUGUGAAACUUGUAUCCAUUUGCUGUCAGUCCUCUCCUUCCACCCUGGCCCUUGGCAAACAAUAGUUUGUUUUCUAUCACUACUUUUGCUUUUUUAGAAUUUCAUAUAAAUGGAAUCAUAGAGUAUGUAAUUUCUUGUGUAUGGCAUCUUUCACAUAGCAUUUUGGGAGAAGCAUACUAUUUACAGAUUUUCUACAAAUAUCUUUCUACUAAGUAAAAUGCUAGAUUGAAAUGAUUAUCUGACAAGGUUGCCAAUUUAUUUACUAAUUUUGCCAGAGAAAAAUGUUACGUUUGAACUUUGUUCAUUUUUUGAAUCUGUGAAUAUUGUAUCAGAGCUUUCAUUCUGUAUUUGUAGAGGUGUGCUGGCUUGUUGUUUACAAGGAGAAAGGUAUUAAACAUGAAGCAAAUUUCUCACAA